AUGGAUGAUGAAAAGGUCGAACAUUUACGAAAGCUUGCAGAACGGGCAGCGAUGAAAAGAUCGCGAGUGAAAAAUGGCGUUAGCAAUAAUGUUAAUAAUAAUAAUGUUACAACACCAAUUAACACCACCAAUAAUCCUCUUGAAUCCCCGGAAACCGGAUUAUUUUCCAUAAUGAAGAAACACUCUGGGAUUCCAUUUAUUUUCGCAAUAAUUCGCCGCUCUCAGUCAAUUCCUUGGACUUAUGAAAGUUACGAAAUGGCCGAGGAAAAUAUUAUCAAUUUACUCGAGGUUUUUUCCUUCACCAUGAACUAUUUUGUCAGCACCAGGAGUCGAGCCUGGAGACGGUUCUUAAAAAUCGUUGAUAAAGUGAUUCUCGCGUUGCGGCUCAAGAUUCUCGUGUUCAAAGUGGUGAAAUUGUACAAGUUGCAAAGCUUUAUUAAUAAUGCCAGAAAGCAUCGGGAACAGCCUGACAAUACUAGCAGUUUUGAAACCGCACCAAUCACCAUAACUGCUAGUGAUAAUGCAGAAACUACAAAGAUCGUGGUGCUAGAGGAUAAUAAUAAUAAUAAUAAUAAUAAUAAUAAUAAUUCUUUGACUACCAGCAGUACCCAAGUGAUUGAGCUCAAGGGAUCAGAUGCACAAGUGGAGUCGUUCGAGCAAGCAUGGAAGGAGUCAAACAGUAAUACUGCGGAUACGAAGAGAGAAAUUGAUUCUGAUGUAGUAGAGUUGGCCAAAUUCAAAUCAACAGAAGAUCAAAUUCAUGGGCUUCGCACCGAGAUUUUCGUUGAAUUGUUGGACUUUUUAUUAUUGCUAUACCCAAAGUCCAUUACUCAAUUGGUCUAUGAAAAAAUAUUUUCUCGCAAAAAAGAUUAA